UUUAAUUUAUUCUUCAGUCAUCGAAGUUGCUUAAACACAGAACGAACUAGGGCUUGAAAUUCAAAAAUUAGGGUUUCUCCGGCGCCGUGAAUUUGAUCUGUGAAAAUGAUUUACGAUGUGAAUUCUCCCCUUUUCCGCUCCUUCCUCAGCCAGAAGGGUGGCUCCUCCGACAAGAGGAAAACUGAAGAGCAGAAGCCGAAGGAACAGAGGCCAAAGGCAAGUGAAAACAAACCUGUUAUGAAUGAGUAAUGAGGUGCAUCACGCAAUCGUUAGCAUGGACGGUAUAUCUAGAAUGCUUCUAGAAGUGUCGUGAAGAAACUUUUCACUUUUUUUUGUUUUCGCUUGAACUCGUGGAUUUGUUAGUAUGUGUAAUCAGAUAUUGAUUUGAUAAGCAAAGCUUUUGUUUAUUCCUCCCC